GUCACCUUCUCGAACCACAAAGCUCCUGAGGGAUUGUAUCGUGUAUUAUAUAGGAUUACCUAACUAUUAGGCGCUAAUAAUACACCAGUUGUGAACGAGCCUGUCGUCUACUGUACAUAGUAGACUGGAUCUGGUCUGGUAUAAACGUGCAGCUUGUUGAAGGGUGUCGUCGCAGUUUGUUUUGUAGGAGGAAAGCGUUCGAAAGAACAACACACAGAAAAAAAAUGCAUCAAGGAUACGAGCAGCCGCAGUCGGGGUACGAACAAGGCCAACAAGUGGUCGUCGUCAAUCAGCAUAACAGCUAUGACAGGAACUACGCUAUGCCCCGAGCAAUCUGUCCGGGCGCUCUCAUGAUCGUCUGUGGAGUCCUCAACUUGAUCGUCUUGAUAGUUCUCGGUGCAAUGUCUGGAGGCUGGGUGAGCGAGUAUAUCGCAGGGACCGUGAUCUUCCUGGCCUGUGGUAUCGUGGCCCUUAUUGGAUCAGCUGGGAGCAGGCAAAAGACAAGCCAAGGACCACCGAUUGCCCUCAUCGUCCUCAGUGUAGUGUCUCUUUCCUUCAGCGGAACUCAGAUCAUUCUGAGGGCCAUGGGAAUCCUGGCCGGCGCGAUUAUCGUUACCGUCAACACCAACGACCCUGCCGCCAAUCAACUCGUUGAUACCAUUGGCACCAUCGUCUUGUGGACUUCCGUCGGGCUCAUCGUGAUCGCCGUCUUGGGUUUCAUCCUCUCCAUUGUGCUCCUCGUCUUCGCCAGCAAGGUCCUCUGCGGAUGCUGUGGCGCCCCCAACGGACAGAGCAACAAGGGAGUAGUCUACCAGAACAAGGCCUAAGCACCAGCACACCGAAAGAUGUCGCCACAUAUUCAAUAUUUACAAGAUUUUAAUGGUCUUCUGAUGACCCGGGCUGCUGCGGCUCAUCCGGCGGAGAAUGGAGAACAUUGGCCUAUCCACCUGGGCUGGGUUGUUCAAAACCACGUCAGCUUUAACGGAAUCGUUAAGUCUUAACAUGAAAAUUCUAAUGUAACUGAAAGAGAUGACGUCUUUAAUGAUACUUAAACGUAACCGUUAAGGAUAACGUGACUUUUGUGCUUUUGAACAACCGGGCCCAGCACUAUAGGCGUCGCCACGGAUAUAGGCCUAUACUAAGAAUAUUUUGAGUCUCGUGUAAAUCCACUUUAACAACCAUUGGUAUUGUAACCCCCGGAAGGGAAUUAUGCAGUUGAGUUAAGCGAUGAUGCCCCGCAUAACAGUCAGUAAAGAUAAAAUAUGUGUUUAUUGGGGGAAAAAAUCAUUCGAAUCAAAAUUGUACAUUUAAUGUAUAUUUAAUCAUCCCAUCUUGACCCUCAAUGUACCAUUGUUCUGCUUUAACAAGCAACGCGCGUCAAUAUGGGCGGAGGCUAUACGUAGGCAAUAGGCCCACCGCUGGAAGUAUGUAACCCGGUCCUCGUCGCGCGCAGUGAACUCAACAAAACGUUUCUCUCGACCCGACCAUAAGAUACAAUCGAAAGGCGCAGUUUUAUUUUGGUAUCUUUGUUGUUUGAAUACUUUGUUUAUUUCGUUUUUAAAUACAGGUGCAAAAUCAAAUUCUUAGUUUUUAUCGGAACCUUAUUUGGAAACUCGCAAUCGAGGGUGCCAAUGCAAAAAUGUAGGCAGUUGUUUUGUGAAAAGUGAGUAAACUGGUCAACUAGGUUAACAAGGUCUGAUGUGAAUACAAUAAUAUGCGAUCAGUGUGAAACAUAGAUCUUGGCUAUGAAGGUGUAUCUUCCCUCAGCCGAAUUGGUCCUUCUCUCGAAAUGACGAAAUUGCACAUUGCUACACAGGGCUUUUGCAGUCGCAUUCUCAAUUUUGUUUAUGCCCGAUUUUCUUACAUGUAUACCGUAGACUAAUGUAACUUUUAUUGAA